AUGCCAAACCAACAGCGCAACGGUCUUCCCAAGAACAACUCUCACUCCACGUCAUCAUCCACUGGAGAGGAGCCAUUCUACAACCCAUGGACUCAAUUUUAUUGGGCUCUUGACUGGGAAACAAAGGAGGAGCACAACCGAAGGAAGGCCCCUGAUGCUGAGAACGCUGCCUCCAAGAAAAGUACCAAAGGACAUAAGCAGCGCCGAUCCCAGUCAGUUCUCGGUUUACUCAGCUUAGAGGACCCCCCGCGACCGACUUCUCGUCGACUCAACACUCAGUGCACCUCGCCCGGAAGCCAACCUAUCAGACAAGUGUCCGACCCCUCUCGUCUCCUUCAGGAAGGCGGAUCAAAGCGCCAAAGUCGAUUUCAUCGCUUCUCCCGGCUGUUCCAGCCAGCCAUGACCCGUACCUCGGCCGCACCUCCUGCGUCCAUAGUGGACUCGGACACUGCCCCCCUCCUCCAAGGCCAAGUGGCCGAUCGGAUGGAAGCCGAGUCGAAAUCCGACCGAAGCAUCCGCACCAUCUGGGGGUGGCUCAAGCGAGCGGUCUCUAAGAGCAGUCUCCGUCGGCGUGAAGCCGACGGGAGCCGGACUAUUGGGGAGCCCAGUACCGGGCCCAAUGGAAGGAGCCAGGCCUAG